AUGGGUUCCAAUGUUGCAAUCACCAUGCUGAAAGAUGUUCAUCCGUUCAAAACAACAUGGACGGUGGAAGUGAAGGUGCUGCAAAUGUGGAAAUCAUUUAGCGCACAAACUGGUUCUUCUUUUGAUAUGGUGUUGGCUGAUAAAAACGGUUGGAAAAUCCAUGCCAGAUGCAAACAAUCAUUGAUGGGCAAUAACGACAUGAGAGAUUCGUGGGUUGGAAAAUGGAAAGUUAUAUCUAACUUUUCCUUGCGCUGUGCAUCUGGUCUUAACAAACCAACCAACCAUUUUUACCAAAUGGAUUUCUUGACUCAAACUUCAAUUACGGAUUCUGAUAUCCAAUGUGACGACAUGUUUCUCGACCUCCAUGAUUUUUCCAUCAUAAAAAAUGGUGGUUACGACCCAUGUAUUCUUAUUGGUGAGGAAAGAAUAUUUUUUAGCUCCGACUCCAUAGAUGCUUCUGAUCGAUUCUCAAUAAAUGACCAAGCUCUCACUCCAGACUUCUUAAACAAAAUCAAGACAUCUGGUCUGCCAAAUCAUAGUCUUCGAUUGAAAGUCGGGUGUCCUGUGAUGUUGCUUAGAAACAUGGAUCACACGGAAGGAUUAAUGAAUGGUACUAGACUACAGAUUACAGAGAUGUGUGAUUUCAUGGUGAAGGCAAAAGUAAUUACUGGACGAAAUGUUGGUCGUACCGUGGUAAUUCCUAGACUUUCUAUCACACCAUCAGAUAAGAAGUUGCCUUUCAAAAUGAGAAGGCGACAACUGCCUAUUGCUGUUGCAUUUGCUAUUACCAUCAAUAAGAGUCAAGGCCAAUCUCUAUCCGAAGUCGGUUUGUAUCUACCAAGAGAUGUUUUCUCUCAUGGACAGCUAUACGUGGCAAUUUCCAGGGUCACAUCGAAGAAGGGUUUGAAAAUUUUGAUUCUUGACAAUGAAGGGAAACCGCUUAAGACUACAAAGAAUGUUGUCUUCAAAGAGAUUUUUCAGAAUCUCUAA